AUGGCUUCCACCAGCUCGGUCACGCUCGAGCAGCACACCGCUCCCACCUUUGCCCCCGACGACUCCGACUUUCUCGACAGCGACGUCGAUCACGACCAGGACGCCGCCGACCGCGAGAUCGAGCAGGCCAUCCUGGCAGAGCCGCACCCGUCCGAGAUCAAGCGAGGCCACCGCAGCGCAGCGACGGCCUCGUCUGCCCAUCCGAACGCCCCCAAGCCCUCGCACGACCUCAUCCAGGUUUCGCGCCGGCUAUGGUUCACCUACUUCCCCGAACCUGCCCCCUCUCCGGCGCUCCUCAACCGCAAAAAUGGCCGCCUCGCCGCACCCAGCGCCGACGCGGGCCGCUACCACUGGUUCAACGUCGACAACGACCUCGUCUAUCUCAGCUUCUUUGACGACUGGGGCCCGCUCAACGUGGCCAUGUUCUAUCGCUUCUGCCUCCACGUCCACCAUCUCCUCACUUCCGAGGAUCAGGUCGAGCGCCUGGUGCUCUAUACAGCCGACGCCUCGUACAGCAAGGCGAACACGGCGCUGCUGGCGGCGCUCUACGCCAUGAUCAUCGACAAAGUGACGCCCGCCGACGCCUUCCACCCAUUCAGCCAGCUCGAGUUUGAGCCGUUCCGGGACGCGGGCUACGGCCGACCCGACUUCUACCUCACGAUCCAGGACAUCCUCUACGGCAUGCAAAAGGCCAUCACGCUCAACCUGCUCGACCUGACGACGUUCAAUCUCGACGAGUACGAGCACUUUGAGCAGGUGCAGAACGGCGACUGGAACUGGCUCACCCCCAAUUUUAUCGCGUUUGCCAGCCCAAACGACCGCGACUAUGUGGCGGCCUUGCGCCAGAGCGAGGGCCGCCCGCUGCGCGAGAGCUACCUGCCCAAGCCCAACUCGGCGUUUGCCAACACCAUCCGCCACUUCAAGGACCGCGGCGUCAAGCUCGUCGUGCGGCUCAACAACCCGCUCUACGACAAGGUGGCGUUCGAGGAGGCGGGCAUCGAGCACCUCGACCUCUACUUUGACGACGGCUCCAACCCGAGCGACGCCAUCCUCUACCGCUUCAUCGAAAAGGCCGACGAGGUCGUCGGCGCCGGCGGCGUCGUCGCCGUCCACUGCAAGGCCGGCCUCGGCAGGACCGGCGUCCUCAUCGGCGGAUACCUCAUCUGGAAGCACGGCUUUACCGCGUCCGAGGUCAUCGGCUUCAUGCGCCUCAUGCGGCCCGGCUGCGUCGUCGGCCCGCAGCAGCACUUCAUGUACGAGAACUUUGUCGAGUGGAUCCGCAAGGGAGCCCGCGAGUCGGCGCUCAAAGAGGCGCACGCCACGCUCGCCAGGGAGAGGGAGGCGCUCCUCAGGGCGGGCAGGCUGCCGCUCAGCGCGUCGGGACGCUCCUCGCUCAAGCGGCCAGCCACGCCAGACGACGGCGACGACGACGGCGACGAGGGCGCGGACGACUCGGGCCACGCGGGCGCGGCCGGGGACGGAGUCGGGCGCCGGAUCUCAGCGAGCCGCAAGCGGAUCGCCCCCGCUACUGUCGCACGGCUGGAGCGCAGCCACGCCGGCGGGAGCGGAGGCAGCCGACCCGGGCUGCAGAGCCUCGGCUUCCACCAGCCCCAAUUUGAUCGGGUCAGCGCGAGGAGCGGGACGCCGCCCGCCUCGUCGUCACGCUCGCACGUCAACGGUGCCAGCGGCGGCUACGAUGAGAACGGCCAUGCCAACGCCAGCAGCGGCGGUGGCAGCGGCGACGGCGGCGGUGGCGGAGGAGGCGGCGGCAACGUGCUGAUGGAGGCUCAGAGGCUCAAUGUGCAGCGGGUGCAACCGGCAACCUCGCCGAAAGCCGCGCUCCAGACCACGCCGACAGCCGCGACCACGACCACGACCACGACGACGAUCGCGACGGCGACGGUGAUUGCCAGCACGGCGACGUCGACGACGCCUCCGUCGUCUGCCGUCCAAGCCAAUGCGGGCACGCCCUCGCCCAUGGCCAAAGUGCAGGGCCACGAGCGAUCGCGGUCCGCCGUGGUGCUGGGCGUGUCGAGCGAUCUGACGCCAGCCAGCCCCAGCAGCGCCGGUUCGCCAAAGGUGCCGGUGGUGCGAGCAAGUCCCGACAUCAAGACGCGGUACCAGCUCAGGGAUGCCGGCAGCCGCGCCGGCACGCCCUCGAGCCCGGGCGGCGCCAUGGCCCGGACCGACGCCGAAGUGCUGGGCGCCGAGCCCCUCUCGACGGACAAGGAAACGACGGCGGCGCCCAAGGUUAACGCAGACAUCCUGACGGCGCGCGACGGUGCCCGCUCAAUCUCAGCCGCGGCAGCUGCCGCCGCCGCUGCUGGUGCUGCUUCGCCUGCGCCUGCGCCUGCUGUGGAUGACACGACGGCAAGGCUGCGCUCUCGGACCAGGACUCCUGCCGCUGACGUGGAGACGGCCGGCACGCGGUCCUCUUCGCGCGUCGUCUCGUCGAGCAGCAGCGGCAGCGGCAGCGGCAGCAGCAAGACCAAUGCAUCAGCGGCCGCGACGGCGACGCGAACCAGGCAGCCAUCCGGGACGGUGCCGCCGCGGCCGGCGACCUCGAUUGGCGUGCGAGCAGGGGCCGGCGGGGCGACGGCGGCGGGCACGAGGUCUGCGUCGGGCAGGCUGAGGGAUGCACGCGCUGCGCUGUCGAGCCACGCGGGGGAUGCACGCCUGCGGGCCGGAUCGACGAGGGCUGCACAGGACCUGCGGAGAUCGGCCAAGGCGGGCGAGGCGACCGGGCCUGCCGCCACCAGGGCCGGCACCGUCGGCCAUCCCACCAGCACUGCCAGGACGACUGCGACGGCGGCGGCGGCGGCGGCGGGGACGACGACGACGGCGACGGCGGGCACCUCAGCGCGGCUCUCGAGGCCUAGCUCGAGGCUGCUGGCGCCGACGGCGGCAUCGGCAGCACGGGCAGCGGCGACGCUCAAGCGCUCGCGGGUGAUCAGCCCGGACCUGAGGGGCCGACGGAGCGGGCGGCGACGGAGGCGCGACAUUCGCAUCGCGGCCCACGUCGGGUGCGUCAAACGUGGGGGCGGCGGCAGCGGCGACGACGCUCGGACUGGGAGCGAGGAGCGCCUCGGGCAACAGCGGCCGGCUCGGGCGCAGCGUGCGGCGGAGGCGGUCGAGCAUGGGCGAUGCCGACGUGGAUGUGGUGGCAUGAGGUGGGGGCGAGGCAGCAUCCCACCGUACUCGGCCCCAUUACCUCUGCCUACGCACCGACUGACGCAGAUGAUCAGACGCACGAUCAGACAGACAGACAGACAGACAGACAGACAGACAGACAGACAGACAGACAGACAGAUGCUCCUAUCUACGCUUUUCUCUCUCUCUCUCUCUCUCUCCAGCACCAUGACCAUGGCCGCCACCGUGGUUUCGGUCGCCAGGUUGCCCGACGCCCGUGGCGCUGCCGGUAUGGGACGUCCGCAGAGAUGCGCGGAUGCAGGCGUGCGCGGUGGACAUGAAGACGGCAUCGAGGUGCGUCUCUCGCGUCGUCGUCGUCGUCGUCUUUCCCCGACGAGAAGCAGCUGA